UGCAGGAGAAGCCCAGGAUUUUCUAGCUUGCUGCAGAAAAAUGAAGCCUCUGCUUGGGACCCUUUACCUCUUGGAGAUGCUGAUUUCUGGUGGGCUGGGAUAUGAUAGAUCCCAAGCACAACCCAGACGAGAGGUUGUGGAUGAGACAGUGAGUCGGGGGAGGAGCCUGGAGACCUAUUCCUAUACCAGGUAUCACCCCAUGGACGAGAUCUAUCAGUGGAUGAGACAGAUAAAUGAGAAGUACAGGGACGUGGUGACACAACAUUUCCUAGGAAUGACCUAUGAGAACCAGCCCAUGUAUUAUUUAAAGAUCAGCCAACCAUCCAGUGAUACCAAGAAGAUCAUUUGGAUGGACUGUGGAAUUCAUGCCAGGGAAUGGAUUGCCCCAGCUUUUUGCCAAUGGUUUGUGAAAGAAAUUCUACAAAACUACAGAGACAAUCCCAGGAUAAGAAGGUUCCUUAGAAACCUGGAUUUCUAUGUGCUUCCAGUUCUUAACAUAGAUGGUUAUAUCUAUAGUUGGACAACUGAUCGACUUUGGAGGAAAUCCCGCUCAUCCCAUAACAAUGGCACAUGUUUUGGGACAGAUCUCAAUCGAAAUUUCAAUGCAUCCUGGUGUAGUAUUGGCGCAUCUAAAAACUGCUCGGAUUUAACAUUCUGUGGGGCAGGACCGGUCUCUGAACCAGAGACCAAAGCUGUUUCCAGCUUUAUUGAGAGCAAGAAGGAGAACAUUGUGUGCUUCCUGACCAUGCAUUCAUAUGGGCAGCUCAUUCUCCUGCCUUACGGCUACACUGAAAAUAAAACAAGUAAUCAUGAAGAACUGAUCCAAGUUGGACAGAAGGCAGCAAAUGCAUUGAAAGAAAAGCAUGGAACCAAUUAUAGAGUUGGAUCGAGUGCAGAUAUUUUAUAUGCCUCGUCAGGGUCUUCGAGAGACUGGGCUCAGGACAUUGGGAUUCCCUUCUCAUAUACCUUUGAACUGAGGGACAAUGGUACUUAUGGAUUUGUAUUGCCAGAAGCUCAGAUUCAGGACACCUGCGAGGAGACCAUGGCAGCUGUACUCUCCAUCCUGGACGAUGUAUAUGAAAAAUACUGGCAUUCAAACAGUGCUGGGAAGGUGACAUCUACCUCCGUGGUGCUGAGCCUGCUAAUAGCUUUGGUGUCUUCUCUCUGAAUGCAUGUGACCUAGUCUGCUCAGCCUCGGUGAGGUGGGUGCGGAGUGCAGGGAGAUGUUUGUCUGCAGCUCUGGUGGAACCCGAUAAUUCAACUAAAAAUGCUUUCUGUUUCA